AAGCAAAAUACACCUAUUUUCCAUGUAUCAUUGCUAAAGAAAAAGAUUGGAGCUAAAUAUUUCUCAUCUGUUAACUUAGCAGAGUUUUAGGAUGAAGUCAUCAAGGUACCCUGUAGCUAUCUUGGCAAGAAGGUUGAUACCUAGAAAAUAGGCGUCCCACAGGUGUUGAUACGAUGAUCUUAUAGCUCCCAGAUCAAACAACCUAGGAGCAUUAUCACGACGUUGCUUUUAAAUUUUCUGAUUUUGAUCCUUGGGGACAAGGCUCAAAAAAAAGGAAGGAGGAAUGUUACAAUUUAAGUAGAAACGCGACCUCAGGAAGGGACCGUUCGAUCGAUACAGUUGUUUUGGAGCGUCCAAUCAAGGGCACAAUUGAAUUGGGAAAUGAAUCAGGGAUUUCAGCAGCCAGCGACGUCGUUUUCUAAGGAAAGGGGCAAAAUCAAAUUAGGGUUGAGAUUGGGGAUCUCGCACCUGGUUUAAUGCUGGAAAGAAGUGAAGACAGCAAUAUCUCCUAUAUUAGGUGUACUUUGGUUUCUACUUUUUGGUCGAAUUUCCUUGAAAAACUUUGUAAAAGGGAACGAAGGGAAAAAGGAACAUAUUAUCGGUAAAUGAAUUAAGUCCAAUUUUCUCUCAACCUUCUUUCUUCUUCUUCUCUUCCCAUCUCCUUCUCCUCUGUUUCUGCAAUUUAAGUUUUGAAUGCUACAUUGUUCAAUUUGGUCAGUUUGAUUGUUUUACUGGAGAUUAGUUCUUAUAGUGCUUCUGGGAGUUCUUUUUUGCUCACCCAAAAUACUCAAACCCGUAAAUUCAGCUCCCACUUGUUUCAAGAAGCUUGUUGUAGGGCCGUCGCCAAAUCUCUACCCGUAGGCAAAUAGAAAUGCUACAGCGGACUUUCGGAAAAAGUCGCUGAAGAGGUGCGAUGGACUGGAGUGUUGUGCGAAGACUUUGGGAAAAGUGGGCACCAAGCGCUCCUUUGAAGGCAGCUCUGUUGAUUAACUAUGAUCCGACUGGACCAUCUCGCCUUGUAUCAACAAUUGCAGAGCAAGAGAGCAUAAAAGCAGAUCCAAUUGAAAUAAGUGAAUUUGUCAGCUUUGUUAAGAGAAACAAACUCCAGAUGGAGACCUUCUUUAUCGGGCCGAACGAAUAUCUCGUCUCCUCAAUUCAUGAGAGUUGGUUUUGCGCAAGGUGCCUGAACACUUCAAUGCAGGCUGGUGAAGGUGCUAUUGUGAUACAGACAUCGGCACUCCUCUUGGUUGGGCUAUAUGAGGGCUCAAUUGGAUCAGCAUCUCGUGCAAUGGUGGCUCUUGAUCAAUUUGCAGCACAGUUAGGUCGAAGAAACUUCUGAUUUUGUUGGAUCGAGGUUUCUUGGACGAUACAGUUAAUGAGAUCCAAGCGAGAUAGAUCUAUUGUCCUAGAACAAAGCACUUCGUAGAAAAGAAUUGGCUGUUGAGCUGUUAGCUCAUCUGCGCGUUUCAUGAAAACAAAUAACAGGAGCUAAUGGCGUUCUUUGUGGCUAUUCGCGCAAUUGUUUUCUCCCUAUCUCAGAAGCAGUGCGCAACGUCUUCUCAGGAUCAUGGUCUCGGUAUCAGAAACUUGGGACUGUAUGAUCUGAUCGCCAUUCCUUGGAUCAUUUUCCUUGUUUUCUCGGUCAACUAUGCCCCCCUCAUCACUUAUUGAGACUCGUUACUCUCUUUUUUUGGUCGACUUAGUUUGAAUCAAGAUAAUUUACAAAAUCAUUUAGAAUACAUGACAAAAACAUUAAGAUGGAAGCUUAGAAACUCGAGAAUUCAUAGUUAGGACUUAGGAGCUAAAAGCAUUCAACAAUCAGAGAGACCAUAAUUCAUUUUUUUAAAGUUUUAAAAUUAAUUUUACGGAUAAUUAUGUUGAAAAUUUUUGAGAUUUCGUGUAAUUACACGUAAUCUUUUGU